UGCCAUCAUUUUGAUCCACUGAGAACUAUAAACCAAGAUUUCCAGUUACCUACAGUUAAAUUAUCUUAAAAUUGAUUUUAGCACAUGCCAAAGGAACAAUUUUCUAAAUUUUAUAGAGGAAUUUAUUUCCGUAGAGCAAAAUCCUUCAUGAUUGUAUGAGCUUCACUUAAUAUCUCUACGCUGAGCCUUUUUCAACAUGAAACAAUUGAAUUCUGCCUUGCAGCCUUUGUACCCUCUCAAGCAGAUGAAUGGAUUUGUACUUUGUAACCACUGCAGAGUUAACAAGGAUUCCCACCUUUCUCUGAGUUUUCAGAAGGUGCUGGAAGGUUCACUUGCCUGUGCAGUCCCUGGGAGAAAAGGAAAGGUGUUGGAGGAAGGUUUUCUUUGCGUGGGGCUGAGGUGACUUGUAUCAGGAAGAGCCUUCCCACCAUUUUGUGGCUCAUAAACCUGCUAGGAAAUCAGUGCCACUCACUUGAACAUGUCUCAUAUUGUAGGUUACUGGAAGAAGAAAUGGACAAUGAAAAGAAAGGUUUCUACAUAGAAGAACUUAAUAAAUAUCGCCAGAAACACAACGUAGUACUUAAGUAUCAUGAAUUGUCCCGGUCGGGGCCUCCACAUGAACAAACGUUUACAUUUAAAGUUACAAUAAAUGAAAGAGAAUUUCCAAAAGCUGAAGGAAAAUCAAAACAGGAAGCAAAAAAUGCCGCAGCCAAAGUAGCUGUUGAAACACUUAAUAAAGAAAACAAGGAAGUUGGCUCUUCACCAUUGCAAGCUGCAGAUACCUCAGAGGGACUAACCCUUGGGAAUUACAUAGGCCUUCUCAAUCGUCUUGCUCAGAAGAAAAAAUUAAAUGUGAAUUAUGUACCGAGUAAAAUGAGUAAGAAGGAGCCUGGCAGAUUUUACUAUAAAUGCAAAAUUGAGGAAAAGGAAUAUGAUACUGCCAUUGGUUCUACUAAACAGGAAGCAAAGCAAUUGGCUGCUAAACUUGCCUAUGAUCAGUUAAUGGUCACUAGCCCUACCUCCCCUGGUUCUUCUGUGACUUCAUCUGCUGACUUCAGAAGUGCUCUUUCAGAAACACCCACGAGUGCUUUUAAUUCAUCACUGGGAAAUUACCACUCAGCAACUGCACCAGGAAAACAACACAAUCAGGACGGUUUAGGUAGUUCUUCGCCUUCAUUUCCUAUGAAUGCCAGAAGUAAUGAAGUAAACAAAAAAAGGAAUUUGGUACCUACUGUUGACUCCCUUGAUAAAGAAACAACCAAAUAUACUGUGGAUGAGAGGUUUACCAAAGAUUUUAAAGAAAUAGAACCGAUUGGCUCUGGUGGAUUUGGCCGAAUUUUCAAAGCAAAGCACAGAAUUGAUGGAAAGAUCUAUGCUAUCAAACGUGUUAAAUAUGAUAGUGAGAAGGUGGAGCGGGAAGUGAAAGCACUGGCAGCGCUCUCUCAUCCCAAUAUUAUUCAGUAUUAUCAUUGUUGGGAAGGAACCGAUUACAGUGAUCCUGAUUCGGGGGAAAGUGGGGAUAGUACGGUUGGUAGUUCAAGAUCCAAUUGUGAUGUUAAGACCAAGUGCCUUUUGAUACAAAUGGAAUUCUGUGAUAAAGGGACAUUGGAGCAGUGGAUUGAAAAUAAAAGAGGAGCCAAACAAGACAAACCUUUGGCUUUGAAGUUAUUUCAGCAGAUCACAACAGGACUGGAUUAUAUACAUUCUCAGGAGUUAAUACAUAGAGACCUGAAGCCAAGUAACAUAUUGUUAGUAGAUGAAAACAAAAUAAAGAUUGGAGACUUUGGACUUGUAACACAAUUAAGAAAUGAUAAAAAGCGAACUGUUAAUUUGGGAACUUGCCGAUAUAUGAGUCCAGAGCAGAUUAAUUCAGAAGACUAUGGAAAGGAAGUGGACCUCUAUACGUUGGGGCUCAUUCUUGCUGAACUUCUUUACAUAUGUCCAACGGCUGUUGAAACAUCAAAGAUUUUCAGAGAGCUAAGGAGUGGCUCUUUUCCAGAUGUAUUUGAUGCUAAAGAAAAAAUGCUUCUGAAAAAACUACUGUCAGUGGAACCUGAGAAACGACCUGACACAUCUGAAAUACUGAAGACGUUGGACAGGUGGAACCAGGAGUUGACCCAAAAGCAAAGAAAUACAUGUUAGGGACCUUUCGAAAAGUCUCUCAGUUCCAAUUGAUUUUUUUGUAGUUAACUAAAAUCUACAGGGGGAUAUUGCUAGACAUUUAACUAUUGUUUUUUAUCAAUUUUACCCUUGUUUUACUACAUUUGUAGAAAUAUUUUAAUUUCUACCUUGAUAAUAUGCUUACCGUUGUCCUUCCCUGACUUUUCCCUGCUGGGGAGAAGACCUCAAAAUGUCUUUAUAUUAAUUAAUGAAUCAACAAAUACAUUUAUAUUAAAUGUCUGCUGUUUUUUAAGCCAAAAAAAUUUAUUUCCCUUCGUUAAAAUGGCUUGCAAGCCAGUUGCAGAAAUGUGAUCCUCAUAAAAAGUUAACUUAGAAAUAAUGUUGGAAAAGAAUUUGAUAUUAUCCAGUAAAAUCUAAGCUGUUCAUAACUGUCCAACCAUCAGUUCCACUCCCAUAUACACGGCCACGGGAUUGUGCACGGGAACCUUGGUUAUAAUAGCCAAAAGCACAGGAAACAGCCAUAAUGCCCAUCAUAAAGAACAUGGAUUAAAACAUUAUAUUCACAUACUGAAGUGUUAUAUAUCAUUGAAAACUAAUGAAUUACAGCUCAAUGUGGUCAUAAAGCUCUUUCUCAAGAACAUAAUGCCAAACAGUGCAUUUCUGGCGG